AUGAGGCAUGGUGUCCAAUCAGCAGCCCAGUUGCUGGAGUCUGGAGGGGACGUGAGAAGGCCUGGAGAGUCCCUCCGUCUCUCCUGCCAAGCCUCUGGGUUCUCCUUCAGCAGCCAUUGGAUGCACUGGGUGAGACAAGCUCCAGGGAAAGGCCUGGAAUGGGUGUCCAUCAUAAACCCUGGUUCAAGUGAUAUUAGGUACUCGGACAAAGUGAAGGGACGCUUCACCACCUCCAGGGACAACUCCAAAAGCCAACUCUAUCUGCAAAUGAACAGCCUGAAGACGGAGGACUCGGCAGUCUAUUACUGUGCGAGAGACACAGUGAGAGGAAGUGAGUCUGGAGCCUGGCAAAAACCUUCCCUUCCUCAGAGCAGCUCUCCAAGUCAGCUCAGCCCCAGAAUUGAGAGGAACCUGAGAAAGCUGCCUGACUGCGAAGAGAAACUAAGAAGAUAUCUUGGCCUGGGUGUCCUAUCAGAGGCCCAGCUGGUGGAGUCCGGAGGGGACGUGAGAAGGCCUGGAGAGUCGCUCCGUCUCUCCUGCCAAGCCUCCGGCUUCACCUUCAGCAUCUAUGGCAUGAGCUGGGUGAGACAGGCUCCAGGGGAAGGCCUGGAAUGGGUGGCAUACAUAAACGAUGGUUUAAGUGACGUUAAGUACUCGGACAAAGGGUUUGAACGUAUAGAUAAUGAUGGAGAAACCUUCUACUCGGACAAAGUGAAAGGACGCUUCACCGUCUCCAGGGACAACUCCAAAAGCCAAGUCUAUCUGCAAAUGAACAGCCUGAAGCCAGAGGACUCGGCAGUCUAUUACUGUGCAACAGACACAGUGAGAACUGGGCGCUAUGUGCACGGCUGUGUGCUGGUCCAUCUCUCUGGGUGCCAUGUGAAUACAGGCAUCUCCUUGGAGAAUUGA